AUGACAUUAUUAUUCGUUCUAAUGUUUGCUACCUUAGCGGCAGCUAGAAAUAUUCCUUUGCACUACACAACGGGUGAAUCAAAAAUUAUACUCUUAAAUAGCCCACUUACGGCCACGACACAAUAUUCAAAUCAGGACUCACGGGGAUUUUAUUCAUAUGGUUAUAGUGAUGAUAGUGCAGCAAAGGCUGAAUAUACUACCGUGGAUGGUUCAUCAAAAGGAUUUUACUCGUAUAUAGACACAGAUGGAAAGCUGCAAACUGUAAGUUAUGAAGCUGGUCGAUCUCUUGGUUUCAAGGCAGCAGCAACAAAUCAACCACAAGCUCCAAUUGAUGAUAGACAAGCUCCAGCUCCUGUAAAGGAUACACCGGAAGUAGAAAUGGCGAAAAAAGCACAUUUUGAUGCUUUUCGUCAAGCAGAAAUCAGAGCUUCUUUAGAACCCGACUCGCAAGAGCAAAUAUCCAAUGAAUCCGAUGGUGAUGGAGGUGAUGAGCAAAGAACUACAUACACUGAUGAAGAAAUUCAAGCAGCCAGAGAACAAUUGGAAGCUAUGCUAGCAGCACAGAAUCGAGGCAAAGGUAAGGGUGAAAGCUCAGUUCAAUUACAGAAUGAAAGUGAAGAAAUGGAGAAUGCCGAAAAUGUAGAACAACAACAAAAGAACAUCAACAACAAAAAUGCAGCUAUGUCAAAUGGACAUCAAGAGCAACAACAGCAGCAAGAUCAACAGACACAACAACUACAAGCACAACAAUUACAAACGAACGGAUUUGCGAGACUAACGGAUGCUGAUCUCAAUUUACGCACCAUUUACAGUCUUGAAGAUGAUAAGUCAAGCAGCGUUUUAAAGCUAGGCGAUAUUACUUCUAAUCAUGGUUCAGUGGAUUUGCUGCAGUCACAUAUAUCAGCGUUACAACCAGCAGCUGCAUUGGAAAGUGUACAUAUACCAGUUAAUUCAUAUUAUACAGUAUUGGCGCCUUCUUCGAAGUAUAGCGUUGUUUCACCAACACUUUUAGCUGCUGUACCCCACGCUCAAGCCCUUGGAAAUACUUUACCGAUAUCACUAAGCUCAACAUUUUUAUCACAUCGUAUUAAAAACUCUUCAUAAAUAUAUUUAAAUGUAAAUAAUGGAAAGAGCAAGAGAGGGAAAAAGAAAGAGAGAGAUAGUAUAAGAGCAAGAAAGAGUAAGAAAGACAGAAAGCGAGAGAAGGAUAGAGAGAAUGAGAGAAGUAUAAACUAAAAUGGCAGAGAUAAUAUAUACUUUAACUAAUAUGUAAUUUAAGUGGAAUUGUGCAAAGAAUUAAAUGGCGAAACUUAGUUUUAGUUUUUUCACGAUACUCGUUUAACUUUUUCAUUCGAUUUUAAAUCAACAUUGAAUUUAUUAUU